AUGCCGUCUUCCACCAUGCAGAUGUUUGCGUUCAUUCUGGCGUUACUGGGGGUCCUGAGUGCCACGGUGGCCACGCUGCUACCCAACUGGAAGGUGAGUGCAGAUGUGGGCUCCAAUAUCAUGACUGCCAUCUCACAGAUGCAGGGACUGUGGAUGGACUGCACCUGGUACAGCACCGGAGUCUUCAGCUGCUCGCUUAAGUACUCGGUGCUGGCAUUGCCGGCUUAUCUUCAGACCGCACGCACCACUAUGGUGCUUUCCUGCAUGAUGGCGACAAUGGGACUCUGUCUGGCCGCCCUAGGGCUGAAAUGUACUCGCUGGGGUGGCAGUUAUCGCUCUAAGGGACACACGGCCAUUUCCGCAGGGGCUUGCUUCAUCAUAGCAGGGAUCCUGUGUCUGGUGCCCGCAUCCUGGUUCACCAAUGAGGUCAUCACUACGUUUAUGGACUCCAAAGUGCCCAAGAGCAGCAAGUAUGAGCCAGGCGCAGCGGUGUACGUGGCAUUUGUGUCGGCAGGAUUCCUUUUAGCUGCGGGCGUAAUCUUUUGCUUAUCAUGUCCUGGAAGGAGAGGCGGUCCAUUAGAUUCGGGCUCGUCCCACCCCGACAAGCCAAAAAAGCAGAAGCUGCGCCAGGAGCAGCCGACCCGCGACGAACAGAAACAACAGCACUGCGAACAGCAGAGUCAGACUGAACCACCGGAACGAGAGCAGUCGCAUCGAGAGAAACUACACCAGGAAAAGCUACAAGCGGAUGAGAAGUCGGUGCCGGACAGGAUGAUCCUGGAGAAGGACAAGCAGUACCAGUCUCCAUCUCGAACCCGAAUUCAAGAUCCCAAGGCCGUCUAUAGUCUGCACGACUAUGUGUAAACAACUGUCGUCGACUCCAGGAGUAUUUAAGGCAUUCUUGAUUAUCAGACUGCCUUUCUUUGUGAGCGGCAAAAAGAGGAGGGGAAAAGCAGUGGAGCAGCAGGAGGAAUAAUGACUUUGAUGCCGUUAUCAACCCUUCUCAUCUGUGCCUUCGCUUACAGCAAGUGAAACAGUGGAGGUAUUUCCAAAGCCCCGGAACAGACAAACUAAGGAUUGUGAAUCCUCGGAUACAUGGUUUUACUGCAACUACAAGUAAAAAGGGGGCCAAAUGGCGAUGCAUCAUAAAAAUGCAACAUAAGAAAGGGGAAUUUAUGAAGAUACUAAUGUAAGGACAGUCCUAAAAGGUGCAUUUGCUUACCAAAGGUUGGAAAAAAUAAAGUUAUUGUUAACCUAUCAUUUCAUUACCUUGUCAAAGUAAAACGCAAACCCUUGAGAGCAAUUUUAUCAGCCUUUUGGUAGCUGGAACCAUGUGUUAUAAGCAAGUUUUAAUUCAAAAGCUUGUAUAUGAUCCAUUAGGCAGUAUGUGCAUGCUGUUUGUAGAUAAUGCUGUUAAUAAUGCUGCAAAAUGGCUUGCAGUUAGGGAUAAUCAGGCUUGCACCUGAGGAUGCUUCACACCAUCAGCUGUCCAUUAAAUGGUGCGUGUCCUUCAGAAAAGGGAUUUUGACAUGUCCAGUCCAUAUUUUUCAAAGAAUGGUGAUGGGGGGGAGGCACAGCGGCAGAGAUCAGCUGAGGUAAUGAUGCUCUUUGCUUUUCCAUUAGGUUCGCUACGGAUGGGUGCACGCUGCUCAUUUAUUGUGAGCAGACACAGAUCCACCAACACACACACAUAAGCUUUCCCUCCCUCGUACUCUUGCUAGAAGGGUAAUGGGGGCUUGCACCCAAUCAUCAUGAUGCUGUGCGUUGGUGUGUCUAGCCUGCAGGAAGUGCAUUUGGUCCUGUUCUAGGGCAAACAGGACGCAGUAACACGCUGUUCACACUUUUGCCGAAAAGUAGAACCAAGGUGACAGAAAUCUCAGCGGUGGCUUCAGACUCCCUCGCUGGGGAACAAUUACACCUUUGGUCUACAUCUCAAUUCGGUCAAACCAUGCACAGUAUUUUCUGAUUGCUAUGCUGUUUUCACGUAUAGUCAAGCCAUUAAAUGUAUUUUCUAAGAGUCAGUGGAAGACAGCAAUGUACAAUAUAAUGUACAGUAUUUGACUCAAGCUAAUGCUAAGUGCCAU